AUGAUAAAAAAGCCAUCUAUUUUCAUUUGGUAUUUUGGCUUAAAUUCUUUGAUUCCUCGAUACUCAAUCAAAUCUUCUUUUUUUUUGUUUAUGAUUGAAUGUACAUCUAAAGCUCCGGGAAAAGCAUGA